GUUAAAUAACAAGUCAAAGCAAUGCAUCCGUGAAUAAGGCAGGUUUACUUAAAGUGGGGAGUCCGAAUCGAGUAGUUCAGGCCAAUGUGAAAGUAAAGGGCUAAUCAAAUGAAACUUUUGAUUAAACAAUUCCCCUAAUGCACUAGGAUGUUAUGUAAAAUAAUAAAAAAACGCAAAGGAUCUGAAAAGUGCUUAAUUGUGUAACACCUAAUCGAAAUGUGUUAGCGGUGAAAAAUAUUACUUUACAUAUGUACAUAGAUAUACAAAAUUUGCGAAAAAUUAAUAAAAAAAUAGAGGUCAAAUGGGAAGCAUUGAUUUUACAAGUCACAUAAUAUUCGAUUCACCUUUUCACCAAGUUAUUUGUUAAAAUAUAGAAAUAAUAUAAAUAUGUUUGAGUGUGUAAAAGAAAAUUUAGUCCUCAUAAUCGGCAAAAUGUGUGGCCCAAAAUAUACGAGAUGGUGAACCAUUGUACGCCUUCAGAGGGGUGCUCCUGAAAGCAAGUGAUUGCUGCUCACAUACCUACAUACCAAUUUAAUAACUCACUUUGAGUAUCGGAAUUUUAUGUACAAUACGAGAAUGUAGAAAGUGCUAAAAGUGUUUUUCUCCGUGUCCUACAAACUUUGUGCAAGCGUAUGUGAGUGCGGAGGCUUGAAGGAAAAUAAAGCAAUAUGAUUUGCGAGCGUAUAUAAUUCAUAAAAUACAUACAUACAAAUGUAUGUAUGAGUACAUACAAAUGUACAUGUCAUAACACAUACUAUAACCUAGCGAGUAUGUGCAUGUGAUGUUCGCUAUGACGAAGAAAGUGAAUGUGCAUCACUCACAUUCAAUGAAAAUGAAAACAAUUACAUAAUCAAAUAAGAAUAUCUAACAUAGCGAAUGUAAUUCCGUAAAGAGUUUGAAUAAAAAGAAAUUCAUGUACCUGCACUAAUGAAAUAAGAAAUAAGAGCUGCAUACAUAAUUUAAACACAAAAGGAUCAUGAAAAUGAAAAAUCUAUAUUAAAAUUAUAUAUAUUUCUAAUUAAAUAAUUAUUUUUAAAGCACUGGUGGAACUAAAAAUUCGAUUGCUUUUUCUGAAAACAUAAUCUAGUGCGGUGCUUAAUGAAAGUGUAUGUAAUCGUGGGUAGAAAUUUGUGAUAAACAGGGAAUUUGCCAACAACACACAUUAUAUAAUAAUUACUGCGCGAAUCACACCACGUUUCUAAUAACGGCAUAAAUGAAUAUACCCUUCACCAAACAUACGUGGUUCUGUUUUUAUUUCUUUACAAAACUUAAACAGCAUUACUAGUACAUAAAUAGAAAAUUAAUAGAAAAUAAAUUACAAAUUACUAUAAUUUGACUCCAAUUUUGAAAACUAAGCAAAUAUAUUCAUACAAAUAAGCAAAACUUAUUACGUAUGUACAUAUAUUCAAUUAAAAUUAAUAGAAAGUACGCCGAUUUUUUCAACUGAACUAGUAUAUACAUACAUAAAUACUAAGUGCUACUGUAGUUACUAGCGACAUCGAUACUCAAACCCUGCCUACUUAUUUAUUAUUACAACAUAUGUAUGUACUACAUCCCAUAGAAGUUAAAGUGCUAUUGUACCUACACAUCUAUUACGAGUAUAAAAAUACAUACAUACGUAUAUAGUAACGUAAGAAAUCUACACUAGUACGUCCUUUUUACAUUAGUAUUUCGUACUGUACCCACCAAAUCCACAAACAACAGCAACGACAACUUCUUUUAUCAAAUAUCCUACCAAAUAUCUAUGCGGAAUGCACUUCAAAUGCAGAGGUGCAAAGUUGAAUGAAAUUAGUUGCAACAACCACCCAGCCACCAGCCACCCACCCACCACCUUUCAACUAAAGGACACUCAACAGAACUGAACUCCUGCAUAGCCAUACAUACAUAUGAAUGUGCGUAUAUUUAUAGUGGAAGCAGAUGUAUGAAUGCACACAUGUUUUGUUCAAUAAAUACAUGAAUCCAUACAUAUGGACAUUCUUAUAAGUGAAGCAUAAGAAAGAUGUACGCACAGGAGCCAGUGUAGUAAAAGUGAGGAUGUCAAAAACUUUCACCGUCGACGAUAUAUGUAAAUAAAAUAAAACGAGCAGAGACAACCAGUGAAAAGUAUGGUGACAGACAGUACUCGUAGUGUGUUCCCGUAGACAGAGCGUUCACACAGCAUUUUAUGCGUGGAGAAAAUGCACGUAAAACACACUCAGCGCAGAGUUAGUGGGCCUGGAGCAUUUGGAACAUCAAAUAAUCAAUGUGAUAGCAGAGAAAACUUGAGCAGCGAUCAACAACAGCAACAGACUGCGUAUCAACAACAUCAGCAGCGUCUACAUCAACAACAGCAACCGUAUCAUCGACAGCAACAACAUUCACAUCCGCAUUUAUUGCGACAGUCUCUGAUCAACCUUACGGGCGCGCACAAUACCUGCAAUAAUAUCGGUGUUUCGAACGCAUCGGAACAACAGAGCGCUACUACAAGUAGAAGUGGCAUUGCCGCACCAUCGUCGUCGUCCCUCAACUACCCCAACUCUAAUACCACAAAACACACCAACUCCAACACCAGCACAUUACACAAAUUCAUUUCCUGCAGUUGUGAAUCACUCAAAUUUGCAGCAUCGGCCGUUGCGAGCAAGGCAUUAAUAAAGCGGUCGGGUCACAGUCCUGGAGACCCCGACAGUGAGUCAUUAAUCGAUAGUCAAAACCAGGAUUACAUCGAAUACAACGUUGCUUAUUUGGGUGCUGGUCAUACAGGGCACAGUGCUGGUUGCAUAAGUAGCAGCAUCAGUCGUGGCGGUGAUGACCAGCGCUCUCUGCAAAGUGAGCAUCUGUCGAGUCGGCUUAGCACCGUUUCCAAACAACAUUCAUACGACAGCAGCUGUAGCGGGCAACUUCAUAGUCUGACCUUAACCGCAAGAGAGCGCCAUAAUCAACACCAGCAGCACCAACUGGAUUGUACUGCCAAUUCGACGCGAGUGCCAAAUAGUCCGAUCAGUUGCACCAACAGUAACUACAGUAAUCAGAGUAACAUCUACGCAGGGAGAAGUGGGGGUGGAGGCACCGGUGGUGGAGACGCGGACGAAGAAAGAGAAAGAAACGGCGGCCCAUCCACCAUAUGUGAUGCAUAUAAAGACUUAAACCGUCACACAGCGAUCAAUAGCAAUAGCACAAGUUAUGGCAACGACUUCAAUGAGGACUUCAAGCACAUAGUCGUUCACAAUUUUAGCAAUUCCGAUCCAAUAACUCGUUAUAACACUAUAGGCGGUGAUAGUGGCGGUGACGGUUACACAGGUAUCAACGACACAACAGGCACAUACCGCUCGCACCUGAAACCACAUUACAGCGAUUGCAAUAUCUACGCGAAACAGCAAGCGGAAUAUUUUUCGAAUUUAAAAAGUGAUUUUGAUCAGUACGCACCGCAGGUUGAUAAACAAAAGCUUGUCAAUAAAACAUACAUUUUCAAGUGUCUCGCCAAUAGUCCUUCAUUUCUCAGAUCCAAUAAGGUCAAGGAGCAAUCGAAGAAACUUCGCAACUUGUCGCUGAAAAAUCGAGCGGGUAAAAAGAAAGGACAGUUAAUAGCAAAGUCGAAUGCGGUUUCCGACAAUUCUCUGCAUCCUGGUGACAAAUACCUCAGUUUAUAUCUAGUCGAGAAGAAAAACUCACAGCAACAGCAACAGGUUCAGCACACACAACAACAGCAGGCUGGGCAAUUAGAAACGACUGCAAGUGGAGUGAAUACGCGACCAUUGAGUUCGCCUCCAGUUAUAUCUGGCAGACAUCAACAAGAGCAACAAUUUCAACGAGAUCAGCAACACGGAGUUGCAGCGUCAAGCACGAACACACAACAGCAACAGUGCCUCGUAAACGGAGCGGUGCGAACACAUCCCACAUAUCGACGUCAGUCCUCAAUAAAGCGCGAUUCGAAAGAUCGGGGCGCAACAUUCACGCCGACAGCAUCGACACAUAGGAAUCCAAAGGUCACCUCCAACAACAAUAAAAGCUGCAAUCUGAACAACAACGGCAAUAAGCUAAGCGUAAGCACGAAUUCGUGCAACAAGCUGCACGUGGCAGCAGCGGGUAUACAUCCAUAUGCCACACCGCCCAAGAGUUCGCUAUCGAGCAAUGGACACUUGAAUAAGUAUUGCCUGACAGACAUUAGUCGUCGACGGAAGGCGGCGUUCAAUCGACAGCUAAGUGCUCCCACUGAUUAUACGCAUUCUUCCAACAACAACAACGGCAACAGCGGAUCACAUUCAGCUACCGAAGCCGCUUGCGAGUCAACAUCUACAGUAGCCAGCGCAGGCGUGGGCUCAGUAACGGCAAAGGCGUCCACAUCCCUGCAGAAUUCCGUUCUAAUAAAGCCAACAUCUACGUCCAAUUCGUGUACGAACAGUUUCAAUCGGCGACAUAUUAAGCGUCAGAAGAAUACUAAAUUAAAUGAGAGGUAUGUUCUUUGAAUAUUUACAAACAGGCUUACAUAUUU